GUUUGCUGGUGAAUGUAGAGAAAGAACACGGGUCACCCACAGACGGCAGGACAGUAUCAGAGUGUAUCAUAUAUAUAUUUACAUAAAGUCCUAUGUGUCCUAUUAAAGGACGAUCUGCUCAGUCUGCACACCGACACAAUCUGCUGAGAGUAAGUUAAACUGAAUCUCCGCCCCAAAUCACAACCGAGCCGAGCUGUGUGAGGGAGAGCGCGACCCAGAGAGGAAGAGGAGGAGGAAGGAGGGAAACACAACAGGAAAACCCUGGAAAGAAGAGUUUCUUGGGGAAACUGUGUUUAACCAAAGACAUGUUUUUGGAGUAGGAGCGGGACAGAAGGUGGACUGGACCUGGAGAGGAGGUAUGUCUGAAACAGGGACGUGGAGAUAACGUGUUGAUCUUCUUCUGAACACUGGGUCGGGACAUUUGCAGAUGGAGACACAGCGAUUGAAUUGUUUUCAAAGGUUUUGAAUAAGCGUGGUGAUGACCCCCAGACGGCAGGAGCCAAUGUGACCACUGAGAAUCACCCAGCAUGACCUCUCCACAUCCACUGCUCUGUCACCCCAUGGUGUCUGUAUCUAAUGGGGUGUCGCAUGUAGAGGAAGAUGAGGAUGAAGAUGAGCAGGGGGAGAAGUUUGAGUUUGACGACAGUGAUGACGGCUCUCCAGAGACGAGCUCUGGCUCUCUCAUUAACAGUGAAUGGACCACAAACACAACACAGUCAGAGCUUUAUGCCAAGACCAAAACAGCUGAAGAGAUGGCAGGGCGAGGCGUGAGUGGAGCCGCCAGUGGAGGGCAGGAGGGCCAUGACCCCUCCCUGACCCCCCAGUUCUGCUCAGAUAUGGAAGUCAGAGAGUCUCCAGAGGGGCGUUCCACCUCCUCUGAUCUGGGAGUGACGGGAGAGUCUGAGAGUUUCUGGAAAGCGAACAGUGUUUGUGAAGGAAAGUCCUCUUUCAUGCCAGAAAGUGGUUUGGAGUCCAGCAGUGCAGUAAAUGGGUACAAUCUACAACAAGACUCUGCUGAGAAUGAGGCGUCGUCUUCAGUCAGUCCACAGACUGAACAUCACACAGCUGGUGUAGACAGACCAGCCAACCAGAGCACAAUGACCUGCAGCCCAGACAGUGAGGUCGGAGACCCAGAGGUCAUCUAUGAUGACGUGCCUGCUGAAAACUUACAGCACCCAGCGGAAGUAGAUGACAUCUAUGAGGACAUCCAGAGACCCGAUCACCGUGGCUCCAAUGGCUGGAGCUCCAGUGAGUUUGACAGUUAUGAUGAACUGUCUGACAGUGAGACUGUUUCUCCUCCGGCCCGCAGCAGCAGCAAGCUUCCUGUAGAUGUGCUGAGGUUGAAGGAGCGCUGUGCCAUCACCACGAGGGAGCUGGCCGUGCGUCUCAGUACACCUCAUGCUGCUCACAUUAGACAGAGCUGUGACACUAAGGUGCAGCAGUUCAUGAAAGCAGCAAGAAACGGUACCAAGGAUGGUUUAGAAAAGACACGGUUGGCCAUGAUUCGCAAAGUGUCAUUCCUACAGAGGAAAGACUCCACAGGUGAGGGAAAGGACGAUGCAGGUUACAUGGACGUGUCUGUCUGUGAGUUAAAGCACCCUCCACCGCAGCUCUGCCCCAUGCCAGAGGGGCUCAGCAGUCAGCAGGUUGUCAGACGUCUCAUCCUCAGCUCCAUUGUUCAGAGUGAGAGCAGCUACCUGGACUCUCUGAAGAGAAUCCUCCAGGAGUACCAGAAGCCUCUGCUGGAGACACAAAACUUGAUCCUGAACCCUAAGAAAGUGCGUCAGAUCUUUUACCGUCUGCCGGAGAUCUAUCAGUGUCACUCAAUGUUCCAGAUUGCCCUGGCGUGCCGUGUGGCUGAGUGGGAUCACAGCGAGAAGAUCGGAGACCUGUUUGUUGCCUCGUUUUCGAAGUCCAUGGUGUUGAACGUGUACAGUGACUACAUCAACAACUUCACCAACGCCAUGGCACUGAUCAAGAAGGCCUGCUUGUCUAAACCUGCGUUCCUGGAUUUCCUCAAGAAGAAACAAGCAUCCAGUCCAGACAGAAUCACUCUGUACGGCCUGAUGGUCAAACCCAUCCAACGCUUCCCUCAGUUCAUCCUGCUGCUGCAGGACAUGUUGAAGAACACUCCCAAGUCCCACACCGACCGGCUGCCGCUGCAGCUCGCUCUCACUGAGCUGGAGACUCUGGCCGAGAAACUCAACGAGCAGAAGCGAGUGGCUGAUCAGGAGGCUGAGAUCCAGCAGUUGGCUCACAGUGUGGGGGACCGCACCUUCAACAAGCUGCUGAACCCGGAGCAGAGGCAGCUGAUUCAGUGUGAACUGCUGACUGAAAUUGUCUAUGGUGACAACGGUCAAAUCCUCAAGUCGAAGGAGCGAAAGGUCUUCCUGCUCAAUGACACCCUGAUCUGUGCCAACAUCAACCUGAAAGGUCCCCCUGACAUCAGCAGCCUGGUCCCUGUUGGUCCUAAGUACUCAGUGAAGUGGUUUGCCCCCCUGCUGCAGACUCAGGUGGUGGAGGUGGGACAGGACAGUCUGCAGAGCCGGGACAGUGUCGUCGCAGCCAGACGCCUCAGCUCCAUCUCCAGCAGCAGCGGUAAAGUCUUCCUGGGCCCCCCCAGACUGUACCAGGAGCUGGAGGAGCUGCAGCACGACCUGGCCGUGGUGGAGGAGGUCUCGCUGCUGGUGGGGACGCUGAAUGGAACCUACCAGAAUCUGAACACCACGGUUUCUCAGGACUGGUGUCUGGCUCUGCUGAGACUCAUCCGUCUAAAGGAGGAGGAGAUCCAGAACGCCAACAAGUGUCGGCUGCGUCUGUCUGUACCAGGCAAACCUGACAAGUCUGGUCGUCCAGUGAGCAUCAUGGUGGUCUUUAACACUCCCAGUCCCCUCAGUAAGAUCUCCUGGGUGAACCGGCUUCACCUCGCCAAGAUCGCUCAGAGACAGGAAAACGCUCCAGGGUGGGAAUGUGCUGAAGAAGAUGGAAAGACAAAAGCUCCGUUUAGUUUUCCACUGUUGACCUGCAAACUGCCGGUUUUCUCUUCCAAAACACAUAAGCUGGAGGCAGCCAUUCACAGCCCGUCUCAGUCCAGCCUGCUGGGUUUCUGCUCUGCCAGUACAUCCUUACCACAGGGUUACCUCUGGGCUGCUGGUGGAGGACGCGUCUCCACCCAUGGCCAAGUGGAGAUCUUCUCCCUGAACCGUGCCACUCUUCGCCUGGUCAAGACCAUCCCGCUGAGAGCCCCAGUCCUCUGUCUGGAGUACAUGAAGGAGCCGUGUCCCAGCACAGACGAGGAGGCUGAGAAGGCCCAGAAUGCUGCCAAGAUAGGAAACAUCAUCUGUGUCGGUCUGCAGGACGGCAGCAUCCAUGUGUACAGCAGUGUGGACACAGCUGUUCAGUGUCUGCUGACCUUGGUGAACCCUGACAGCAGUCCAGUCCUCUGCCUCAAACAUUUGCUGUCUUUCCUCUUUGCUGGACUGAACAACGGCAAAGUAGCUGUGUACCAGAGAAAGUCUGGAGAGAGAUUGUUGGACCAGGAGUCAUGCAGGCUGGUGUCUCUGGGCUCUGAGCCGGUCUGCAGUGUGUUGACACUAGAAGAUGCCGUAUGGGCCAGCUGUGCAAACCAUGUCACUGUCAUCCAAGUUCCCAGUCUCCACACACAGAGUUUUGAAGCCCACCCUGAUCCAGGCUGCAGUGUUAGACACAUGGUUCGUUCAGGGGGGGGUGUUUGGAUGGCCUUCACCCUGGGCUCAUCCCUUCACCUGUUCCACACAGAGACUUUGGAACCACUGCAGGAAGUCAACAUCUCCACCCGCACUGCCCACCUGACACCAGGUCAGGUUUGUGUCUCCAGCUUGCUGAUCUGUCAGGGCCUGCUGUGGGUGGGGACCAGUCAGGGCGUCAUCCUCACCUUCCCUGUACCCACCCUGGAGGGCAUCCCCAAGAUCACAGGUAAAGGCAUGACAUCUCUGAACGCUCACUGUGGUCCAGUGGAUUUCCUGAUGUCGACCUCCAGCACUCUGGCCUCUGACUUGCUCAGACGGGACUCCAUCCUCAACAGCAGAGAGGAAGGGGUUAACGGAGAAGGAGGGGGAAGCCCAGGAGGUAAAGGUGAUGUGGGAGGAGAUGAAGCAGGGCAGAGGCGGGAACAGAACAACUACCCCCAUAACUCAGAGGCAGCUCCACAGAGGGAGCAGAAGCCCAAGCGGCUGUUGCUGCAGUACCGCCUCCACUCCACCUGCCAGCUGCCCGGGAAGCUGCUGACCGCCCAGCCAGACCAGGGGAACCCGAGAGCAACCCCAGACUCGCUGGAGCACUGCCCAGAGGAUGGCUCCAUUUAUGAAGUGAGCGAGGACCCUGACGUGUGGGUGAGGGGGCGGCCUGUGGAGUUGGGAAGGGAGGGGGAGGCCAGGCGGAAUAAAGUCACCUCUACAGCCAUCUUCUCCGGUGGCAGAGGAUCUCGCAGGAUAGGACAGACGGCCUCUGCAGACACCAGCUCAAACUCCAGUGAAAAUACACUGCUGGUGUGGCAGCUCCCUCUAGCUCUUAGCCAAUGACAGACGAGCAUGUCACCUGACUGAGUAACUGUGAGUCUGGACACACCUGUGGACUCCUCUUGUCUGAAGUCAAAGGAGCCGUCACCUUUGACAGUUUGAUGUUUCCUCUGGUUUCAUUUCAGUGGUUUGGUUUUGACUGGUGAAAACCAAGUAAUGUAACAAGCUAACGCUAGAGGUAUCAUUACUUGUGAAGCCUACCUAUACUUUAGUCAGCAGCUACCUCCAGGAAUGUGGGACAUCAGGGAGACCAACUGUUUCCAGCUCUUUCCAGAUGUGAUCAUGACAUUUAACUGUAUCAGUUUCUCACACUGGGCCCAGUUUGCAGAGUUGGCUCUACUGAGGCUUUAUAUCUGUUUUACAUGCAUAGAUUUGAUGCAUGCAGCCCCAGACAGGUGGUGGAUUUUCUCAAGUGGGACAUAUGCAUUUAGGAUUAGAAUACUGCAACAUUUUGGGUAAUAGGAUUAUCUUCUUUUGCUUCCUGUUAAGUACAAACAUGUAACUUGCAUUUCAUGUGUGUGCUCCAGAAGUUCAGUCUCUACCUGCUGGCUGAACAUACUGCUGCCAUCUAGCAGUUUUCUUUGCAUCGUCAGAGUAAAACACAUUAAUGAACACCCUUACACUAUGACUCCUAACAACACUGUCAUUAUCAAACUGAAUGAAUGAAUACAUUCAAAAUCAACGAGGAUGAUAACACAAAGACAAAAGGCUUAUAUCCAUUAUGGUGCUCUAAAAUAACAUUUAACACAGAGCAAGAUAAAGGACAAGACAACAAUAAGACAACAAACAAAGACAAUACAAUCAACAUAUAAAGAGUGACUAAACAGCAAGCGGUGGUAGCUAUGUCAGCAUUCUCACAAAAGUUAAAAAUUAUAAAUUGUAUAUACUACAUGGUACUUUGUAAGAUUGUAUUUAAGGCCACUUUAAACUGUCAUCCAUUUCAAAUGUGUGGGCAGAUUAUUCCAUUGUAUUGCUGCACUGUAGAGAAAUUUAUUUUUGCCCAUUAGGCUAUUGAAUUAAAAAGGCAUGAAAUUUGUCGAGCUACCUCUUGUAAAAUAGCUAUUAAUGCAUCUUACCAGUGAGAAAUAAUUACUUAAAUAUUUUGGUACCAUAUUUUUUUUUAACAAUUUUGUAAGUUAGCAACAUGUUAAUGUAAAUGGUUCUUUUUUACACUCUCUACCAGUUAAGGUUUUUAAAAUGUGUAGAAUUGCAAUGUGUUCGUGGAUGGACCUUUAAUAUAACCCUUAUCAAUUUAUCAUGAGCUCUUUAUAAUUUUUCUAUGAGGUGCUGUGAUAAUCCAGUGUACCAAAAGAUGGCAGCGUCAUUAAAAUGACUUUGAACUGAAGCUCCACCUAAUGUGUGAAGAAUUGAGUUGGGUGCUUUUCUGACCAAACAAUGCUUUGGUUUGUCUUGGUGAAGGCUUUUGAAGCCAUAUUUUCACCUGAUAAGGACCUGUCAAAAAUGCAGCCAAGAUAAUUUACAAUGUCUUUGACAGUUCUAUGGAACUCUCCAACUUAAAUAUAAAAUCAGGUGACCUUGCUCAUUUUAUUUUAGAACCAAAAAGACUCAGUUUUUCCCAAGUGUAGGGAUAAUCAAUUAUGUGAUAGCCAUCUACUUACAUGUUGAAGUUCCUCACUAAGAAUGUUCUCGACAACCGUUUUAUGUUUUUGUGCUCUCAUUGAAACAGAAUCAUCAGCAUAUAAAAAAAGAUUGCAUGAAGUCAUUUAUACAUAACAGAAAAAAUAAUGGGCCCAGUAUACUACCCUGUGGCACCCCACAUCCCAUGAUUCUUGACUUUGAAAAUGGUCACAUUUAAGCCAUUUAAGUAUGGUUUGAUAGGUAAAAAUGGACCCAAUUCAGGGUCAACCCACUGAAACCCAUGGCUAUUAAUUUAUUUAAAAUGCUGUGCUUUACUGUAUCAAAUACUUGUUGCAAAUCCAGCAUGACUAUACCACAAAAAAUGCCCUCCAUCCACCUCUCUUCUAAUAGGAUCUGUUAAGUACAGUGAGCAGGUUUCUAUCAAAUUGGUUUUUCCCAAGAUAAUUGCUGGGAAAGGAGGGUUUUAGCCACUACAUCUAACCCAUACUCAAUAUGUUUAUGCCUGAUUAGCUUCUAUGGCUGUUUUGGUCCUGAGUUGAGUGAUUUAGGGUCAGAUCUCCCUUUGCAAUCAUUGCAAGCCCCGUUAACAACACAGCUUGUGCAACUGUAUUAAAACAAUAACCUUAAAUUUUCAUAAAUGAAGAGAACACACCAAACUGCCACAGCUGCCGCCGCCAUCUUAUGUUAUUAGAGUGAACAAACAUUUCAAUGUUAAACCAAAAAACUCUUUUACUAAACAUUCUACUAAAACCUAGUAAAAUAAAAACAUCUGUUUGAAUUUAUGAGAGGAAAUUGCAUCAUUUAUGUUCAGUGUCUUUGAGAGGCUUUUAUUUCUAAUGCAGAACAACAUUUGCUACUGCUUCUGCUUUGUGUCCUUGUGGUGAAAACCACUGUAGGACCAUUAUGAGGGAAAAAGAAAAGGGAAAAUAAAGACAAAAUAUUUUAAGAAACAUAUUAUCAGAAUAUUGUUUUAAUUUGACGAAAAGUCACACUAUUACAAGAUGAAGCUGCACUUUUACAAAAAUUAUUAUAUAUAUAUAUAUAUAUAUAUAUAUAUAUAUAUAUAUAUAUAUAUACACAGUAUGUAUAUAUAUAUAUAUAUAUAUAUAUAUACCUUAGUUUUUACAUUUGUAAUAUUUCUGAAAUGAUGCCUUCAUCCUGCAACAUUAUGACUUUUUUCUAUGAUUUUACUUUCAAAAUGUCCAAUGUGCACAUACAGUAUCCGUUGCUCAUCCUCAUCACAGGUGACAAGGAGAUAAAUCGGUUCACUCAGACAUUUGACAUGUUGAAUACUGUGUGUACACAAAUAUGUUUGUAUUUUGUUCCAUUUGUAUUUGAGAUGUAUUUAUGUUGUCAUCAAAUGAUGUAAUAUUUACAUUUUUAAAGUUCAUUUGUGAAUUUCAAA